UGUGUUAUCUAAAUGUAAACUUAAUAAUCCUAGUCCAUUCAUUGUAAUAUCCGUAACUUCUCCUAUAAAUAUGGAAGCACAUUUACAAUUGUAUAUAAACAAAAGCACGUGGAGAAACAACUUCAAAAUAUGAAAACAAUAUGUUGACACAGAUUUAUACAGUAUGCACAUUUAUUGCCAUGGUCUUCGCGCACGGUAGACUUAUAUCUCCUCCUGGUAGAUCCACAAUGUGGCGCUAUGGGUACAACACACCUAAGAAUUACAACGAUAACCAGAUGUCUUGUGGAGGAUUUUAUAAACAAUGGACACUUAAUGGAGGAAAAUGUGGCGUAUGUGGUGACCCAUGGAACGAGGCUCAUGAUAACGAGGCUGGAGGAAAAUAUGCAACAGGAACCAUUGUUAGUCAAUACAAGACAGGACAAAACAUUCAGGUUAAAGUUCAGAUCACUGCUACUCAUCGUGGAUAUUUUGAGUUCCGUCUUUGUCCGGUUAACAAUCCCCGUCAGCCAGCCACUCAAGCUUGUCUAGAUAGGAACCUUCUUAAACAACAUAAUGGUCAGUCGAAGUUCUAUGAACCAGGGGCAAUCGGAACAUAUACAGUUGAUCUUGUUCUUCCUCAAGGUUUAACAUGUACACAGUGUGUAUUACAGUGGAAAUGGAAUACUGGGAACUCAUACAACUGUGAUAAUAACCAUAACUGCUGUAUUGGUUGUGGACCACAAGAACAGUUCUAUGGGUGUUCAGAUAUAGCUAUUUUGUCGUCUGGGACAAGUCAGUUUUCUCAUACUGGUGUUCAACAAGAACACCCAGUCGGAUUUUUACCCAUUUCAGGACAUAAUGUUAGAACAUGCCAGGCAACCCCACUGUUCAAAAGUCGGUAUCCUUAUGCAGACAGAUAUUGUUUAUUACAAUGCAACCAGAAUAAAUGUCCACCAAGUACAUACUGCACUGAUGCUUGUAGAAUCCACUAAAUGUGGACACACUUUACAAAAUGUAUACUCAUUUACUUGCCUUUUAUUUGAUACAAACUUUAU